AUGAGCAUGGUUGGGGAGCUCAGUUAUUUUCUUGGACUACAAAUCAAGCAGCUGGCAGAUGGAAUUACUGUAUCUCAGAGCACGUAUGCCAAAAAUCUUAUCAAAAGAUUUGGAAUGCAAACUAGCAAAGUUGCAAACACACCCAUGAGUACCACUACCAAGUUGUCCCGAGAUGAUGAUGGCAAGCCAGUUGAUGAGAAACUCUACAGAGCAAUGAUCGAGAGUCUCUUGUAUCUCACAGCUAGCCGACCUGAUCUCUGUCUGAGUGUGGGUAUUUGUGCUCGUUACCAAGCAUGUCCGAAGGAGUCACACAUGAAGGCUGUUAAGCGUAUCAUUAAAUAUGUAAAAGGAACUUUGGAUUUUGGUCUUCACUAUACCUUUGAAACUAAUGUGAAUCUUGCAGGUUUUUGUGAUGCAGAUUGGGCUGGGUGCUUAGAUGACAGACAUAACACUUCUGGAGGUUGUUUCUUUCUUGGGAACAACAUGGUCGCUUGGCACAGCAAGAAGCAAAACUGUGUUUCUCUUUCGACUGCUGAGGCUGAGUACAUUGCUUUGGGAAGCUGUUGCACAUAA